AUGGCUGACCCUCCGGAGACCUCCCGUGUGCUUCAAUUCGCCAAGAAUUUGUCCCUCUUCCUGCUCAGCUUUGCCUUUCUGCUGCCAAAUGUUCUUUUUGCCCUCGGUGCGUUCCUGUGGAGUCGGGGCACGUCCAGGGCUCCCAAGCAUCGCAAUGAUGACAACCUGGAUAAAGUCACGGUUCUAGUGACGGGCGUGAAUAUGGCAAAGGGCCUUUCGCUCGCUCGCAUAUUCCAUCGCCGAGGAUGUCGUGUCAUUGGCGCAGAUUGCUAUCCUCUCUCCCCCGGUCGCGUCUCGCGUGCCAUUGACGUGCACUACCAACUCCCUACGCCCUCAGAUCCUUCAAAGAACACCAUGAAUGAUCCCUAUCUCAACAGGAUAGUCGAGAUCAUCCACAGCGAGGACAUUGACCUAUGGGUUUCCGUCUCUGACGUCAACGCCGCAAUUGAAGACGCAGCAGUCAGAGAAAUUAUCGAAGCCCGCACGAGCGCCAAAGCAAUCCAAUUCGGCGUUGAGGAUAUCCGCAGACUCCACGAGAAGGACGCCUUUAUCGAACAUACAAAGUCUCUCGGCCUAACGGUUCCCAUAACAGAGGCGGUGGAGGAUAAAGAGGAUGUAAUUAACUUUCUUUGCCGCAACGGCGGGCUUGAGCAUAAACCUGGUGCGAGGCAAUAUCUUGUCAAACCCGUUGGCGUUGAUGAUGUUGCGCGCUUCGCUAUGCCGUUACUUCCUCUUACGUCUGAAGACGCCACGCUUACACGCAUCGACUCUAUUCCCUUCAAAGCUGCCAAGUGCUCUUUCAUUAUCCAGGAGUUCAUCACCGGUCCUGAGUUCUGCACGCACGCUCUGGUCGUUCGUGGUCGGAUUUGCGCCUUUGUGGCUUGUCGUUCAGCGGAUGUGCUUAUGCAUUACGCCGCUCUUCCUCCUGACUCCCCACUAAGUAGAGCAAUGCUCGACUUUACCCUCAAGCAGGCAGAGGGCUGUGGAGAUAAUUUCACGGGACACAUGAGCUUUGACUUCUUAAUCAACAAGGAAGAUGAAGAUGCUGCCCAGUCUGGCGGUGAUAAGGAAGUCACUAUAUAUCCCAUUGAGUGCAAUCCCAGAGUCCACACUGCCACUAUCCUCUUCAACAACACCCCCGAGAUCGUCGACGAAUAUCUUUCUGUCCUAUCCCCUGAUGCACCACCCAGAUCCCUUUCCAAGCCCCCGCUUACACCCUCCAACCCUGAGAAAUACUACUGGGUCGGCCAAGAUCUGGUCGAGCUUGUUCUGUAUCCCCUUUAUCUUGCAUUGUUCCGCGGUACGAUGGGAUUGUCCGAGGUUAGAAAGUCUCUUCGGAGUUUCGCAGAGCAUUUGCUCUACUGGAAGGAUGGUACUUUUGAGGCUUGGGACCCUCUGCCUUGGUUGUGGAUGAUGCAUGUUCAUUGGCCGGUGCAAUUUGCGUGGUAUAUGUCCACUGGUUCUGUGUGGACAAAGGUGAAUGUCAGCACUGGAAAAGCGUUUAAGGGAUGA